GAGCCGGUCUCACAGAACAGCUCCGUGUCCGGAGGCGUGGUCCACGCAGUCGAUGACAGUUUACAGCCCAGCAGAAUCUCAGAGAGUGGUGUUUGAAGAUGUGUGUCCGCUUCUUACGUCCUUCUUGGAUGGGUACAACGUCUGCAUCAUGGCUUAUGGGCAGACGGGAAGCGGGAAGAGCUUCACCAUGCUGGGCCCGCAUUGCCAGGAGGAGCCGGCCCCGCCGUCGGAACCCCGCGGCGACGCAGGCAUCAUCCCCAGGGCGGCUGGAGAGCUCUUCAGGCUUAUUUCAGAAGAUGCAUCACGGAGCCCGGAGGUGGACAUUUCCAUAGUGGAAGUUUAUAACAAUGACAUUUUUGACCUUCUGGCUAACGACAGCUGUCGAGUGGCAUCUGGGGUGAAGCGGCAGGUGCUGACGACCCAGCAGGGGAAGAAGGCGGUCUGCGGGCUGACCUACCAGUCGGUCCGCAGUGCCGCGGAGUUCCUGACGCUCGUGGGCAGGGGUCUGCAGCUGCGGGCGAAGCAGCCCACCGCGGUGCAUGCCGAGUCCUCCCGAUCUCACCUGGUGAUAACCGUGACCCUGGCCGCAGCCGCCUGCCCCCGUGGCCCCAGCGGGCGGCCCUCCACACCUGCCCCGCGGUCAGAUCGGUCAGCGUCCACAGAGCCCUGCCGGCCUGGACCGCAGUCGCCGGCCACCGGGAGGAGGCAGAGCCUGCCCGUGCCCCGAAGGACCCGCGGGCGUGGACUCGGGCGGGCGGCCCCGGACCCCCUGGGGCAGGUGCACGCCACCCUGCAGCUCGUGGACCUGGCGGGCAGUGAGUGUGCGGGUGUGUCUGGAGUGACGGGGCCAGCCCUGAGGGAGACUUCCUGCAUAAACCGGAGCCUGGCGGCCCUCUCGGACGUCCUGGGCGCGCUGGCGGAGGGCAGAGGCCACAUCCCCUACCGGAACAGCCGGCUCACCCACCUGCUGCAGGACGCGCUCGGAGGUGACGCCAAGUUACAGGUGAUCGUGUGCGUGUCCCCAGGCCAGAGGCACGUGGCCGAGACGCUGCAGAGCCUGGGGUUUGGCGCCCGAGCGAGGCAAGUGGAGCGAGGCCGUCCAGCCCCCAGAAAACUCAGGUGAAGGAAAGGGGGCGUGCUCAGGGCUUUUCCCCCUUAAAUGUGCUCCUGGCUUUUCCUUAUA